CGCCCAAUGGGCUGCGCGGAGCGUCACUUCCCGGCGGCGGGCCGCGAGUGGCGAGUGGCGAGAGCCUGGACGGCCGGCGGGGGCGGGGCGGCCGGAGGAGGCGUUGGCAGCCGGCUGGGACCCACGCGGCGCCGCAGCCCGCCUGGCCUGCAGCGCUCCCACCCCCGGCGGCGGCGGCACGAUGCCCUUUGAUUUCAGGAGGUUUGACAUCUACAGGAAGGUGCCCAAGGACCUUACGCAGCCAACGUACACCGGGGCUAUUAUCUCUGUCUGCUGCUGCCUCUUCAUCCUCUUCCUCUUCCUCUCGGAGCUCACCGGAUUCAUAACGACUGAAGUUGUGAAUGAGCUCUACGUUGAUGACCCAGACAAGGACAGCGGGGGCAAGAUUGACGUCAGUCUGAACAUCAGUCUACCCAAUCUGCACUGUGAACUGGUUGGGCUGGACAUUCAGGAUGAGAUGGGCAGGCACGAGGUGGGCCACAUUGACAACUCGAUGAAGAUCCCGCUGAACAAUGGGGCAGGCUGCCGCUUCGAAGGACAGUUCAGCAUCAACAAGGUCCCUGGCAACUUCCACGUGUCCACACACAGCGCCACAGCCCAGCCACAGAACCCAGACAUGACGCAUGUCAUCCAUAAGCUCUCAUUUGGAGACACACUACAGGUGCAGAAUGUCCACGGAGCUUUCAACGCUCUUGGUGGAGCAGACAGACUCACCUCCAACCCCCUGGCCUCACACGACUACAUCCUGAAGAUCGUGCCCACGGUUUACGAAGACAAGAGUGGCAAGCAGCAGUACUCCUACCAGUACACGGUGGCCAACAAGGAGUAUGUUGCCUACAGCCACACGGGCCGGAUCAUCCCAGCCAUCUGGUUCCGCUAUGACCUCAGCCCCAUCACGGUCAAGUACACAGAGAGACAGCAGCCACUGUACAGGUUCAUCACCACGAUCUGUGCCAUCAUUGGUGGGACCUUCACUGUUGCCGGCAUUCUGGACUCCUGCAUCUUCACAGCCUCAGAGGCCUGGAAGAAGAUCCAGUUGGGCAAGAUGCACUGACAUCGCACGUAAUGGCCAAGGUCACAGGGAGGCCGCCGGCCCCGCCUCCAGCACCCUGCUUCCUUUUGCCCUCAGUUUGGCCCAGAAUCUGGCUGUGUCCCAAAGAGUGUUUGGGAGGUGGGGGGAAGGUAGAGGGUGGCUCAAGGUUUUGCAGCUACCUCUUUUCCCUGGGUUUCAUUUUAGACAAAUUAUACUGCCUGAAGUUGUGGUUCCCAUUCCCCCAGUGCCCUAAGACUAGAGUCCGCCAAGAAGAGGGACUCCAGAGAUACUAGGGAUCCCUCCUGGAGGGCUAUAGUUUCUUCUCUCUUAAGUGAACAGCCCAGAAUCCAUAUCAACCAGCUUUUAGCCAGGCUUUGACAAUCUUGCUGUCCCCACCAUUAGGACACAUUAAUAAUUUGGUUUCUUACCUGGGCAGCCUACCUACCCUAGAAGCGCCAGACCUGGACUUUAAAACAAGGCUGCCUGAAGGUACUCCCAGCUGGUGCCUUCCAUGAAGGAUGGUACUAUCCAGGCAAGCCCCUAAGAUUUCACACUAUAGAAUGGAAACUCUAAUCCUGCCCCUUCCCUUCCUACCCAUCUAAGAGCCCAGGCCUCAAGUCCCUUGCCCCCACCCCUCGUUCUUUCAAGAAACAGAUGUCCAGUUGUGUAGCAGCAGUGGUAGAGACUUUAAAACCUGCAAGGCAGGGUCACAGUUUCCCCCUUUUCUCUUCUCUGUGUUCCUCUGAACCCCCCACCAAUGUGCCUCAGCCGCUGUGCUGUGUGGCAACAGCAUGUCUUGGUGGAGGGGCUGGUUCCCACUGCCAAGACCCCCCAUCUCUGUUGGGAUCUACAGGUAGGGGGUGAGGGUUGCGUGACUGGGAGGUCAUCCUAGAUAGAUACAGCUUGUGCACUUAUGUCCAGAUGGAAAGCAUCCUUCCUUGCAUCCCUAAAAUAAUCAUGCAGCCUCUCCCAGGUAGUUGCCGUUGACCCCAUGGCCUUAGGUAGGGGAAGCAAAGCAGGCCAACCCUUCUUCUGUCUUUGGACCUCUAUCUUCUGGGUUCCCCAGGGUGCACAGCACUUGGACCCCUCUGCAGCCCAGUUGUGGCCCACUUCUCACCGAGCUCUCCCAUUGGCUAGUUAUAUACUGCCGCUGGCGAAGCUCCAAUGUCUUCCCACCUGCCUCUGACAAGGUCCCUACCCUGCUGCUCCCCUUCAACCUUCCCCUUUUGUCCUGAAAGGGAGGGGCAAUGGUCCAGGCAUGAAUUCCACCAAGGGAAUUUUAGCUAUGCCCUCUUGUCCCAGAGAGAGAGCCACCCAUCUGUUUUCCAUUUAUAUCAAGAUUGUUUGCAUACUUUUGUAAUGAAGGGGUGUGUCCAGUGGAAGGAUUUUUUAAGUUAUCUAUAUGGAUAGCUCAAGUCUCUCCCAUUUGUAAUUUUGGUUCUAGAUUCCAAUUAGAAAAGCUCCUUUUGCAUAUGAGUUGACUGAUGUGACUGUAAAUGCAUUUGGUUAUUUCUGGUAUCUGUGGCCACUUGGAUAUUUUUUUUUUUACAUUCUGUUCCCCAGUUACACAAAGGCAUCCCUUUGGCUUGUGAAUACGUGUGCCUGUAGAGGGUGGGGCAGGGUGGGGUGGGGCGGGAAAUGUGUGGCAUGCACAUGAGUCGAAAUUCUACUUUUAUGCAUUUUUUUAAAAAAAUUCUGAGAACACAGGGGAUGUCAGUUUCCUAUGGAAGAGACACCUCUGACCUGUUAUUCUUAUAAGCAAAAUCUCAAGGGAAAAAAAUGUUUUAGUUCUUUCCCCAUUUAGUAGGUUCAAAUAGAUUAAAGGCUGAUUUUCAGA